UGAUGCACACUACUGGCAAGGUGUAAACUUCGAGCAUGAUCUAUGGGAGUUUGUAGCGAGUUUGUCAAUGAAGUAACGACCUAACCGACUAGAAACUGUCGUGUAUUGAAGAAGGCGACCUCUGUUACUUAAUUUCGGGCAACAAUGGCGGACUGGAGUCCGAUAGCGAAGGUGUACGACCCGCUGAAAGCCGGCAGCAUCGACGGCACGGACGUGGAGCCCCAUGACCGGGCGGUGUGGAGGGCUAUGGGUGCCCGCUAUAAACCCAACAAAGGCGUGGUAGGAGACCCGCAUCUCACCCUGUUCGUGUUCAGACUGAACCCCCUCACGACAGAGGACAAACUGCACCAAGUCUUCUCCAAGUACGGAGACGUCCAGCGGCUCCGGCUGGUCCGGGACAUCGUCACGGGCUUCUCCAAAGGAUACGCCUUCAUUGAAUACAAGGAGGAGCGGGCUGUGGUCCGGGCCCGCAGGGACGCCAACAAGCUGGUGGUGGACCAGCAUGAGGUGUUGGUGGAUUUUGAGCAGGAGAGGACACUUAAAGGAUGGGUCCCCCGGCGGCUCGGAGGCGGGCAGGGAGGGAAGAAAGAGUCCGGACAGCUGCGGUUCGGCGGCAGGGACAGGCCUUUCCGUAAACCCAUCAACCUGGCGGUCGGGCAGCUGCAGGACCGGGGAGGAGGUGGAGGUGGAGGUGGAGGGAGGGAGUGGGACCGACAGGGGACGAGGGACAGGGAGGACCGGGACCGACACAGAGAGCCCGAGUGGGGCGGCAGAGGGAGGAGAGAUGAGCGAGACAGAGGCAGAGAGAGGGAUGACCGCAGACAGGGAGACAGGAGCAGGAACCGGGACAGGAGAUGAGAUGACGCCCACAUGUACAGUACCAGUGAAAAGUGUGGACACACCUUCUCAUUCAACUACUUUGAAGAAUCUAAAAUAUAAAACAUAUUCUGGUUUGUGGAGCAUUUGUUUGUUUACCACAUAAUUCCAUAUGUGUUCCUUCAUAGUUUGGAUGUCUUCAAUAUUAAUCUACAAUGUAGAAAAAAAAUGAAAAUAAAGAAAAAACCAUUGAAUGAGAAGGUGUGUCCAAACUUUUGACUGGUACUGUACAAAAACUGGUCUCAGCUCCCUACUGAUCGCAUCCGGUUCAAAUGAGUUUUGAUCCAGAGACUAAGCUGCCUGCCUCAUAGGGGGGAAUGUAUUACCCAGGUGUGCAAACUCUCCUUCUCAAAAAGUGGAGAAGCUGGUCGGUGUAAACUGGGGGUUUGCACACAGGGUGUGGACUAUGGACUAUAUGUAUUUACAUAAAAAAUGACUUUCUUGUGAUGUCAUUAGUUCAGAAUGACACAUUUCCUGGUUAUUUUCAUCAGAUUGCACCAUAUGGUAAUGAGAUGUCAAGGUGGAGCUGUCAUUUUUCAGAUGGUUCUCUUGGGUAUUUCAGAAAUCUGACAUAGCAAAUGCUCCUUCAGUGUAGAUUUAGCAUCAAAAACAGUUAAAUAGUUCACUAUUUAAAAAUGUAUCUGUACAGAAUAGGCAACUAAUUCUACAACAUUUCUUCAUUUUUAUUAUACAUUUACAAAAUACAUAUAAAUAAAAUUGAAUCUGUUACACAUUCUCUCUCUUCAUAAGUACAACGAUUCAUUUCUGACACAGUCAAUGUGUAUUAUAGUGUUGAAACACUGUGAUAGUUCCUAAGGUGGGCAGUUUAACAAGGUAUCCUCUCUUUGUCAAAUGUUUUAACCAGGACUUUUAGAGCAUCCUACUUGGUAAAAGUCACAGGUUUGUGCAACAAUGACUUUAUACGUGAGGGAAGAAAACCAAAUAAACCAAAAAUGAUUUUAACACAAUAGUGUCACUUUCCUUUUUCUUAGACAAAAAUAACCAAGAUCUUUUUCCAUUGUUAUUAUGGGUUGCAUUUCAAAGAAGCCAUUAAAUGUAAUU